UCUGUGUGUGGAAGGCGCCUGCGGGUUGCAGUCUAGGAGGGAGAAGGCGGCGGUAGGAUGAACGCCCCUCCGGCCUUCGAGUCGUUCUUGCUCUUCGAGGGCGAGAAGAAAAUCACCAUUAACAAGGACACUAAGGUGCCCAAUGCUUGCUUGUUCACCAUCAACAAAGAAGACCACACUCUGGGGAACAUCAUUAAAUCGCAGCUGCUGAAGGACCCACAGGUGCUGUUUGCUGGCUACAAAGUCCCUCACCCCUUGGAGCACAAGAUCAUCAUCCGUGUGCAGACCACACCAGACUACAGUCCCCAGGAGGCCUUCACCAACGCCAUCACAGACCUUAUCAGUGAGCUGUCCCUUCUGGAGGAACGGUUCCGGGUGGCCAUCAAGGACAAGCAAGAAGGAAUUGAGUAGCAGCUAAAAGCAGCAUUGCGUAAUGGCUGUAACCCUGGUGCACGCAUUCUCAGGGCCCU